CACGCAAAACCCAGGCACGCACGCAUACAUAAUUCCGGGACAGCGCAGAUCUGGAUCCGCAUCGUCUUCCUCCUCGCGAUCUCCCGAUUUUGUUGGACUCCACCACCAAUCCACCAUAGCAGCAGUACUCCGUAUAGAAUACUGUUCCGGAGUUGCCAGUUGCCGCGGCGGGUCCCUCUCCGAAGCUGGAUGCCAUCGCCAUCUCCAUCCCCUGAAAUAGUCCUCCCUCCCACGUAGCCGUCGCCCCCCAAAUUCCUCCUCACUUCGGUCCCUACUGGUCGCUCUCCGCCGAUUUCGAUCUCUGCUUAGUCCCCACCCCGCGUCCCCAGCUGUUGAGGCGGGCGCAAUGGCGGCGGCGGUGAACGGCGCGGCGGGCGGAGACACCAAGGCGGCCUUCGCGCGGAUCUACGACGCGCUCAAGGGGGAGCUGCUCAAGGACCCCGCCUUCGACUUCACCAACGAGUCGCACCAGUGGAUCGACCGCAUGCUGGACUACAAUGUUCUUGGAGGAAAGCUCAACCGUGGGCUCUCCGUGGUCGAUAGCUAUAAGCUGUUGAAAGGUGCCGAUGAUCUGAGUGAGGAGGAGAUGUUCCUCGCCAGCACUCUCGGCUGGUGCAUCGAAUGGCUUCAAGCCUUCUUUCUUGUGCUUGAUGAUAUCAUGGAUGACUCGGUCACUCGACGUGGCCAGCCUUGCUGGUUUAGAGUGCCUCAGGUUGGCUUCAUUGCUGUCAAUGAUGGGAUUAUCCUUCGUAACCAUAUUUCGAGAAUGCUCCGGCUUCACUUUAAGAAGAAACCUUACUACGCUGACCUCCUCGAUUUAUUCAACGAGGUUGAGUUCAAGACAGCUUCAGGUCAAAUGCUGGACCUGAUCACAACUCACGAGGGAGAAAAAGAUCUAACGAAAUAUAACAUAGGAGUUCACCGCCGGAUUGUUCAAUACAAGACAGCCUACUAUUCAUUUUAUUUGCCGGUUGCAUGUGCACUGCUGCUCUCUGGUGAGAAUUUGGAAAACUACAGUGCUGUAGAGAACAUCCUUGUUGAGAUGGGAACAUACUUUCAAGUCCAGGAUGAUUAUCUAGAUUGUUAUGGUGAACCUGAAUUUAUUGGCAAGAUUGGGACUGACAUUGAAGAUUACAAGUGCUCCUGGCUAGUUGUUCAAGCUCUUGAGCAUGCUAAUGAGAGCCAAAAGAGUGUUCUAUUUGAAAAUUAUGGAAAGAAAGAUCCAGCCAGUGUGGCAAAAGUGAAGACUCUAUACAGAGAACUUGACCUAGAGGCGGUAUUCCAUGAGUAUGAGAGCGAAAGUUACAAGAAGCUGAUCGCGGAAAUUGAAGCUCAGCCAAGCGUUGCUGUCCAAAAGGUUCUGAAGUCCUUCUUGCACAAGAUCUACAAGAGGCAGAAGUAGUUUGCCUCUUGAACCAGGGAGCUGUUCCACUGUUUGCAUGCUUGAUAGAUUCCCCAAGUGGUGUCUAUUCAUGAUUUAGUGGUUCAUGAUGUAUGCUGCGCCUUGCUUGCUCCCGAUAAUAAUGAUGCAAGGCGCUAUUUCGGGUUUGAUGAACCGCUUGAUGUAGAGAUACAUCAAUAGUUCUGUAAUUUGCAUCCUACCCUUUUCUUUGAUGUUUUUUCUUAGUUGCGGUAGAGAAAUGAAUUGAAGUUGUAUUUUCAUUGUAUUUCAUAGAAAUUGAAGGUGUAUUUCCAUUGUAUUUCACAAGGUUAUUGUGAAGGAAAAUUAGUGCUAAAAUGAUCAACUGGUGUAGAGGUUAUUGUGAA